AUGGAUUCUUUCAGUGAGGAAUUGAUGAGGCCUGUGGAAGAGGAUGAUCAAGUAGAAGCAUCAGUAGGCUCUGGUCCAGAAAUAUAUUUACCUUGGCUCUCUCAGCAUGUCCAGAGUACAGUGAGUCGUGGUUGUAAGGGGACAAAUUUUGCUCAGACAACAAGCAUUUGUUUAAACUUCAUACGGGAAGCCCUGCUGAAACAUCAAUGGCAACGAGCCUCUGAGUUCCUACAGUGUUAUCUCCAGACCUUGGAGGAUUUUAACAGCCAGAAACGGCAGGUGGCCCCAGAGAACAUUUGGAAAUUGGGAAGUGAAAUUUUAUAUCACCAUCCCAAGAGUAAUAUUGAAACCUUCAGUGCCUUUGCUGACCGGAUGAAAAAUAUCGGUGUCCAGAAUUAUUUAAAGAUCUCUUUACAACAUGCAUUAUACCUUCUGCAUAAGGGAAUGGUUGAGGAUGCUUACAGAAACCUAAACCAGGCAGAAAGCUGGAGAUAUGGUGAAAUGUCUGCUUCCCAAGAAAAAUUAAUUAAACUUAUUCAGGCAUACAGAGGACUUUUGGAUUAUUACACGUGGUCUAAAAAGAGGACCGAACUGUCCAGAUUUGAUAUGGAUGGUUUUGCCACCAAUGCAGCAACCCAGGACAUGCACAGCUACUUCCGACAGGCAUCAGUAAAUCUUCAUGAGAUCAUUAAAAUCCCUGGAAUAUGGGACCCUUUUGUAAAGAGUUAUGUAGAGAUGCUAGAAUUCUACGGAGAUCAAGAUGGAGCCAGACAGGUGCUCAUUGAUUAUGCAUAUGAUAACAACUUUCCAUCUAAUCCAAAUGCUCAUAUCUACUUAUACAAAUUUCUGAAGAAAGAAAAGACACCAGAAGAUAAAUUGAUUAAUGUACUUAAGAUUUUGCACCAGAUUGUUCCUUCUCAUAAGAUUAUGCUAGAAUUUCACAUGUUACUUAGAAAGUCAAAGAAAGAAGAACAUCAGAAAUUGGGGCUAGAAGUUAUAUUUUCAGUCUUGGAUUUUUCUGGUUGCACAGAGAACAUAACUGCUUGGAGCUACCUGGCAAAGUACCUGAAACAAAUAGUAAAGGAAAAGCACAUAGACUGGAUUCAGGAGGUGUGGAGUUCUAGAAAGGACUGGUGGCCCACAUUUCACUUUAGUUACUAUCUGGCGAAAAAGAAUUGGAAAGAAAAUAAGAUCUUGGCAGUGAAAAAAGCUUUCACAUCUGGAAUACUACUGGGAAAGGGUAUGUGCUUUUUACUUCUCUAUGUCAAGUAUGCCCCUGGAAGAAUAUAA